CCACAAUGCAUCUUGUAUCAACACGGCCCUGGUGGCGGCUUUGAGGAGGGGCAGGGGGCGCCCACCGGACCGGCACGCGGCACGAGGGGUAUCAGGCGGGGCCCGGGUGUUGAGGGGCGACUGGCGGCCAUGGCGGAGUCGGCGCCUGCUCGGCACAGGAGGAAACGCCGCUCCACACCUUUGACUUCCUCCACACCACCCCCACAAGCAACAGAGAAAAGCUCUUACUUGCAGACCACAGAGCUCUCACUCUGGACAGUGGUGGCUGCCAUUCAGGCCGUGGAGAAAAAGAUGGAGUCCCAGGCCGCCCGGCUACAGAGCCUGGAGGGGCGGGCGGGGACGGCCGAGAAGAAGCUGGCCGACUGCGAGAAGACGGCCGUGGAGUUCGGGAACCAGCUGGAGGGCAAGUGGGCCGUGCUGGGGACCCUGCUGCAGGAGUACGGGCUGCUGCAGAGGCGGCUGGAGAACAUGGAGAACCUGCUGAGGAACAGCAACUUCUGGGUCCUGAGGCUGCCCCCGGGCAGCAAUGGAGAGGUUCCCAAGGUAUCCAGGUCACUUGAAAAUGAUGGAGUCUGUUUCUCUGAGCAGGAGUGGGAAAAUCUGGAGGACUGGCAGAAGGAGCUCUACAGAAAUGUGAUGAAGAGCAACUAUGAGACUCUGGUCUCUCUGAAGGUCCUUGGCCAGACAGAAGGAGAAGCGGAAUUGGGUGCAGGGAUGCUGGGUGACUUGGAGGAGGAAGGCCCUGGUGAUGUCCACCCAGCAGAAGGGGUUAUGAUCAAGCAGGAGAUCCAGUACGCUCAGGAAGGCUCUGCAGAUCUUCCUGGAGAGUUCUCAGGCAUUGCCGAAGAGCAGGCUUUCCUGAGCCCAGAGCAUACUGAACUCUGGGAUGGUCAGGGUGGUGCUGUCCUCUUGGAUUCAGGCCCUGGGGACACUAAUCUGGAGGAUCCCAUUGAGGGCAGUAGAGACCCUAGCAGCGGCAGAACUCUGAGCUGCCCCCCAAAGCAGAAACCUAGUAGGCAGGCGCAGCUGGGUCAGGAAUGCGGGCAGGGCCUAAAGCUGAAAAGGGACACUUCUGGCCCCUAUGGAUGUUCCGAGUGCGAGAUCAGCUUCCACUAUAAGCAGCAGCUAGCUACACAUCUGCAGACCCACUCAGGGUGGGGGACUUACACAGCCUCGGAGCCAGAGGAGAGCCUUAGACCCAGGCCACAACUUAAGCCCCAGUCCAAGAGGGCAAAGAUGCAUCAGUGUGACGUGUGCAUGAGGAGCUUCAGCUGCAGGGUGAGCCUGGUAACCCACCAGCGCUGCCACUUGCAGGAGGGUCCCAGUGCUGGCCACUGUGUCCAGGAGAGGUUCUCGCCCAACAGCCUGGUUGCCCUGCCUGGCCACAUCCCUUGGAGGAAAAGCCGGAGUUCCCUCAUCUGUGGUUACUGUGGCAAGAGCUUCAGCCAUCCAUCUGAUCUGGUGCGGCACCAGCGCAUCCACACGGGCGAACGGCCCUACAGCUGCUCAGAGUGUGAGAAGAGCUUUGUCCAGAAGCAGCACCUUCUGCAGCACCAGAAGAUCCAUCAGCGGGAGCGGGGCCUGGCCCUGGAGCCUGGAAGGCCCAAUGGCCUGCUUUAA